CGGUGCGGACUCGCGGGCUGGGCGCGGGGCCGUCGCAGAAGGUGAGUCCCCCCACCGUCCCCCGGCCGGGCUGCGGGUCGCGGGGCAGGCGCAUGAGGCGAGUCUCCCAUCACCACCCCCGGACAAGCGAGCUCUCUCCGGCCGCGCGGUCUUGGCGGCUCCUGGGCGGGCGGGGCGCAGUGCCGCUGACUCCAGCCCAAGAAGAGGCCGAGGAAGGGCUCUCCUGGGAGGCUUGCGGGGUGAACCUGCAGGGAGCCUGGGGAGAGCGGUCAGGGGUCAGAGUGUCCGAGGCGGAAUCCCCGGGGAAACGCGCAGAUCCGGCAGCUGGAGACGAUGGUGGACCACUUGGCCAACACGGAGAUCAACAGCCAGCGCAUCGCGGCGGUGGAGAGCUGCUUCGGGGCCUCGGGGCAGCCGCUGGCGCUGCCAGGCCGAGUGCUGCUGGGCGAGGGCGUGCUGACCAAGGAGUGCCGCAAGAAGGCCAAGCCACGCAUCUUCUUCCUCUUCAACGACAUCCUGGUGUAUGGCAGCAUCGUGCUCAACAAGCGCAAGUACCGCAGCCAGCACAUCAUCCCCCUGGAGGAGGUCACACUGGAGCUGUUGCCGGAGACGCUGCAGGCCAAGAACCGCUGGAUGAUCAAGACGGCCAAGAAGUCCUUUGUGGUGUCGGCCGCCUCCGCUACGGAGCGCCAGGAAUGGAUUAGCCACAUCGAGGAGUGCGUGCGGCGGCAACUGCGGGCCACGGGCCGCCCGCCCAGCACGGAGCACGCGGCACCCUGGAUCCCCGACAAGGCCACGGACAUCUGCAUGCGCUGCACGCAGACGCGCUUCUCUGCCCUCACGAGGCGCCACCACUGCCGCAAGUGUGGCUUCGUGGUCUGCGCUGAGUGCUCGCGCCAGCGCUUCCUGCUCCCGCGCCUGUCCCCCAAGCCCGUGCGCGUCUGCAGCCUCUGCUACCGCGAACUGGCCGCCCAGCAGCGGCAGGAGGAGGCGGAGGAGCAGGGCGCGGGGUCCCCAGGGCAGCCAGCCCACCUGGCCCGGCCCAUCUGCGGAGCGUCCAGUGGAGACGACGAUGACUCCGACGAGGACAAGGAGGGCAGCAGGGACGGCGACUGGCCCAGCCGCGUGGAGUUCUACGCCUCGGGGGUGGCCUGGUCUGCCUUCCACAGCUGACCCCCGGCCUGCAGAACAUCUGUCCCCAAGCCAGCUCCACUGCCCAGGCCCCCAAGAGGGCAGCUCCAGAAGCUGCCCAGGGCUCCGGGACCCCACCCCAUGGUGGCAGGCACAGCGGUGGGGAGUGGCUCUUUCUGGACUCCCAGUGCCUUUUUGCUGGACACUGUGUCCUUAUGGCUUCACUGCAGGUAAUGCCUUUCCCUUCAGGAAGCCCCAGAACACCCAGACGUCUUGGUAACAAAUGCCACCUUACACUCUGCAGGCUGCAGCGGCAGCUCCAGAUGGCCUCCUGAGCUGGACGACCCCAGGUCUCCAGACAUCUAGGGACCAGAGCAGGUUUCGGAACAUAGAGGGAAGACAGGAUGGGAGUGUAGCCACAGAACCCACCUGCACCCCGACAGGCACACCCCACUGAAGAGCCUGAGUCCCAGGAGGCCUCCUGGAAGCCCAGGCCUGCCCACCCACCACUCUGGUGCCCACCGCCUGGCCAGCCAAGCCCUGCCGAUCAGACAUGUGGGUUCCCCGAAGCCCAGCCAGAGACUGCCGUGCUGUGGGUGCCACCAGGCCCAGGGACUGCAGCCUGAGCUCCCCGAGGCCUGGGGCAGCCGGGUGAGGACUCUGUCCUGUGUCACCUCUCUCCAGGUGUCCAGCUGUCUCAUGACUUUUUGUCCUGUCCUCAGCUCUCCCUGUGGUCAGCGAAACCAGUGUUUUCUGUUAGGACUCAUUUGCAAGAACAGAAACCCUGCCCCCACUUAAUAAUAAAAAAGAAAGUUUAUUGAUGGGUGGUUGCAAAACAAA